UCGACGAGAGAUGGCACUGCCAGUACAAUUUGCGAGCUACGCGCCACGCGGCAUUACAGCGCGCGAAGAGCGAAAAUAAUAUAUAAAAAGUGAAAUAAAUCACAUAAAUUGAUAUAAAGAAAGAGGAUUGGUAUAGAGAAUGGCUAGGAAGGGGAUCCAAUAUCCUUAUCUAUCUUGUUGACGCCGAUCGGUCGCGGACGAUUACCAUUAUGCAUAAUGUAACAGACUUGCGACACAGCGGCGGAUAGCAGACUAGCAGAUGCGAUAACGUUUGUUAAGACAGUCGAGAAAAGACGACGGUGCGCAGCUGAACUGUGUCGUGAGGCGAGUUCUCUGAAGAAGAAUGCGACCAGUUACCCGUGGUGAUGCUACUUAAUCAUCUAAUGAUCAAACUAUACGCUCGUCACGUUAUCAAUAUGAUAAGUGGUAAAAAAUUGUAGCAAUAUGGGAAUUAUUACGUGAUACAUGAUUGUAUAUAAAAUUAGAAAUAGAAAUAAUUGUGUAUGUAUAUAAUGGGUAAAAUUCAAUUGUGGAUAAAUAUAAAUAUUGCCCUAUAAACUUCAUCUAUUGUGGACACAAAUGGAACUUUGUAAAAUAUGUACAUAAACGGAGCUUUGUAAAAUACGCAAUGUAAAUAGGAACUACUAAGAUGUACAUGAGAAGAUAGAACAUAAAAUCGAAAAAUGAUCCAAGGCAUUUGUGGAACGUUCUUGUUUUGUGACGAGUGGAAUAACUAAUGUUUUGGUGUCAUGUUUAAUGCAUAGAACAGUGACCAAGAUUCUGUCUCCCUAAAAGAAAGGAACUUUUUACAGCAUCACCGCAGUGACAACGGCGCAAUACACGACGACUUUCGAAACGUAUCACAACAGUGUGAAAACCCAGUGUCACGUUUUAGAUCGAUAUCGCGGCACGGAAAGAUGAGACACAACAUUCUCAAGAGUUGUACUCGUUCACUAUGUACCGUACAACGCAAACCUCAAGUAUGCAUUGUCGGUGCGGGGCCGGCAGGCUUUUACGCGGCCCAACAGUUGCUAAAGGAUUCAAGCGACGUGAGAAUCAGCAUAUUGGACAAGUUGCCUGUUCCCUUUGGUCUGAUACGUUAUGGGGUUGCUCCUGAUCAUCCAGAAGUUAAGAACGUUCUCAAUACGUUUCACAAAAUCGCAACCAACCCACGUGUUGAAUUCAUGGGCAAUGUUAAUGUAGGCAUAGACGUUUCCGUCGAACACCUACGAGAGCUCUAUGAUGCUGUGUUACUGGCUUAUGGCGCUCAAGAAGAUCGACUGCUCAACGUACCUGGUGAAAAUUUAAAAAAUAUGAUAUCUGCUCGGCGUUUUGUUGGAUGGUACAAUGGAGUGCCAGAUGACAAAGAUCUGACGGUUGAUUUAGACGUAGAGGAAGCAGUUAUCAUAGGUCAAGGCAAUGUAGCAAUAGACGUUGCGAGGAUUCUUUUGACACCGAUCGACAAGCUCAAGAGUACCGACAUCACAUCGUACGCCUUAGAAGCCUUGUGCAAUAGUAGAGUGCGAAAAGUCUUUAUGGUCGGGCGAAGAGGACCUCUGCAGGCCGCAUUCACGACUGCAGAACUGCGUGAGAUUCUUAAGCUAGAAGGUUGCAAAACUCUUUGGCGAGAUCAAGACUUCGAAAACGUGCAGACAAUUGUGCCGACCUUAGAAAGACCCCGGAAACGACUAACGGAACUCAUGCUGAAAUCUUUAAGCGAUUCCAAGAGCGAUUCAAUGCACACUAAAGAGCUGCAUCCGAUCUUCCUACGCAAUCCUGUCGAGUUUCAUGGUGAAAGCAAAUUGGAGAGUGUCAGGUUUGCUAUCACUCGUUUGCGAGGAGAGACGAUACAAAAUCAGAUAGCUGAGACAACCGACGAAUUCGAGAUGAUCCCUUGUGGUCUGGCUCUGCGCAGCAUCGGUUACAGAUCUGUUCAAAUAGAUAACUCGAUACCGUUUAACUCUAAGAAAGGAUGCGCGGAGAACAUUAAUGGUAAAAUCGAAGGCAACCUCUAUGCCGCAGGAUGGGUAGCGAGCGGUCCAACCGGCGUCCUCCUAACGACCAUGACAAACGCUUUCCGAGUCGGUAGAUUGAUACAUAAUGAAUUAGCGAACAUGAAGGGGGGCGGUGGCAUAGAUGGUCUAUGCAGCUUUGUUCGCUCUAAUAACAUCCAAACUGUGUCUUACGAAGAUUGGCAGAAGAUUGACCGCGUUGAACAAGAGCGUGGUAAACAGCGGGGAAAAGUGCGAGAAAAGAUAGUCGACGUGAAGGAAAUGUUAAAUAUCGCUGUAAAUUGAGUUACAUGAAGAAUACUUAAAAAAUAUUUGAGCAAUUUAAAUUCAUUAUUACAUAUGAAGGAUUGAUUGGCUCAUUCUAUUUUUUCCAAACAUGAAUCAAUUUAUGAUUAUUUUUCAUGCUUGGAAAUUUAUUUUCGCCAGAGAUCUAUUUUAACAAGCUUGUUAUAACAAGCUCUACCUUAACAAGCUACUGUGUUGUAUUUCCCAAUCUCUUCAAUUAACAAUGGGAGCAAUUGGUUGCUGUAAAUGAUUAUAUAAUGAUAAUAGAUAACGAAAUAUAUUUUUUAUUUGUGAUUUUGUAUAUAUUUCAUAAUAAUGUGAUGAUUAUAUCUGAUUUAGACAAUAUUUGAUUAGAGAGGUUUCAGUACAUAAAUAAAUGACAAGUGAUCAUAUAUUUAUAAGGUAAUUAUUCAAUUUCGAGUAAUUAUUCAAUUUUUUCUCACUUAUGAUUUUGACGAGUUUUUAUUUUGAUGAAUAAUAAGAUACAUUUUUUCAUAAAACAGAAAGAAUCUGACAAAAAUAGUCACUCUGAUGAUCCUAAAUUCAUCAAAGAAGAUGAGGUUCCUAAACUGAAUUACGAUUUAUAGAUACGGUUUUUUAUAAUGGUUAUUUAGAUUUGUAUUAUUGUAUAAUUAUAAACAUAACAAUAAGUUGAAUAAAGUUCAGCAUUUUACAUA